AUGAGUGAGAUUCCCAUGUGUUUGUUCAUAGCUUGUUCAACAAGAGAUAAUACAAGCCGUGAAUAUAUAUAUACUAUAUUGAAGAAUCGUCUUUUAGGUAGUCAUAUAUGUAUAGAUACGAAUAUAUUAGAUGUACCUACUAAUAUAAAAUUUUGUUCAUUUGAUGAUUUAUUAAAGUGUGCUGAUGAUUUACAGAAAUAUGAUAGUUAUGCAUAUGGUUGUUUAAAAAAGAUAGAAAAGAUAGCUAAAGAGUAUGAUGAGAAUAUUGAAUUAAAAAUAAUAUAUCAACGUCAACAUAUAAAUAUAGAUCAAUAUAUAAGAAGAUUUACUUGGGAUGAUGCCAAAUAUCCUAGGAGUAGAUCGUUAACAGAUACUAUUGAUAUUAUGAUAAAUAAUAUUACAAAAUUAUCUGAUGAAAUUCAAAUAAAGUCAAGUAUGUUAAAUGAUUUAAAAGAAAAGAAAAAAAAAGAAGUACCAAAAAAUGAUUCAAAUAAUUUUUUUUUAAGAAAUUUAAAUGAAAUAUUAACACCACAAACAGUUAGUGAAUCCGAUUUUAUAGAAACAGAAUAUCUAACAACACUUAUUGCUUAUGUACCCAAAAAUUCUGUAGAUGAUUGGAAAAAUAAUUAUGAAAAAUUCUCAUCAUAUGUUGUUCCUAGAUCUACAGAACAAUUUAAAGAUUUAAUAGAUAAGGAUGGAAAUACAUUAUGGAAAGUUUUUGUUUUUAAAAAAUUUGCAGAAGAUUUUAAAAAAGAAGCAAAAGUUAAAAAAUUUGUUGUUAAAUCAUUUAAAUAUGAUGAAAAACAAUAUAAUGAUAUGAUGGAAUCUAGAACAAAAGUAGAAGCAGAAAUUAUACGACAAGAAACGUUCUUAAGACGUAUGUGCUUAGCUGCAUUUUCUGAUAUAUUUAUUGCAUUCAUUCAUAUUAAUAUUCUUCGAGUAUUUUGUGAAUCUGUAUUAAGAUUUGGCGUUCCACCUAAUUUUGCUUCAUUUAGUAUAAGAAUUAAUGGAGAAAGUAAAGAAAAAAAGGUUAGAAAAAAAUUAUACGACAUAUUCUCAUCAACUGAUUCUAUAGGGAAGAAUUAUAUAAAAAGAUCUGAUGAAAAUGAUGAUGAAAUAUAUCCUUACGUUUCGGUUUCCUUUAAAAUAUGA